AGGAAGGCAGCUAGAGUGGGGGCUGCUGCUGAAUUUAAUGUGGGGGGCUAUAUGAGGAGUGAGGGAUCUCCUCUGGCCCUGAGCUGAGCAGCAGAGCAGGAGCACUUACCCUUCUUCCUUGUUCUUCCAGGGCACAGUCCUCAGGAUGUUCCGGGGGGAAUAGAAGCUAGAACCAGAGCCUCUCACCAGUUCCCCCCAAUAAUGGGGCUCCCAAUGAGUCAUCUGCUGGCUGGCCUAUGUGUAUGUGUGGCCUUGAGCUGGGGAGGGAGUUCAGCCCCCAACCUGGGCCCUGCUGAGCUGGAGCAGAACCAUUACCUAGCCCAGCUGUUUGGCCUGUAUGGGGAGAAUGGCACGCUGACUGCAGGGGGCCUUGCGAGGCUUCUCCACAGCUUGGGGCUAGGCCGAGUUCAGGGGCUGCGCCUGGGACAGCAUGGGCCUCCGGUUGGUCGGCCUAUACCCCCAGCUGAAGACAACUCCACACACAGGCCACAGGACCCCAAAUUGAAUGUGGAUGUCUGGGCAGAACUGCCUCUGAGUCCCUCGGAGUGGGGUGACCUUGAGGAGCCAAAGGCCCCACCACCACCCCAUGGGCCAGCCCCCUCGGGCCUGGACCUCUUUCACAGGCUCCUGCUGCUAGACCAUUCGCUGGCUGACCAUCGGAAUGAGGAUUGUCUGAAUGGCUCCCAGCUGCUGGUCAAUUUUGGCCUGAGCCCUGCUGCUCCUCUGACCCCUCAUCAAUUCGCUCUGCUGUGCCCAGCCUUGCUUUAUCAGAUCGACAGCCGUGUUUGCAUCCAGGCCCCAGUUCCAACCCCCCCAGGGGAUCUACUAUCUGCCCUGGUUCAUAGUGCCCUGGCAGUCCUACUGCUGAGCCUCCCUGCUCCCCUCUCCCUGCUGUUUCUUCGACUCCUGGGAUCUCGCCUACUGCGGCCCCUGCUGGGCUUCCUGGGGGCCCUGGCUGUGGGCACCCUUUGUGGGGAUGCACUGCUUCACCUGCUGCCACAUGCACAAGGAGGGCAUCAUUCUGGACCUAGCGGGCAACCAGAGGAAGAACUGGGUCCAGGGCUGUCGGUGCUUGGCGGUCUCAUCCUGCUCUUCUUGCUGGAGAACAUGCUAGGGAUUUUGCGGCGCCAAGGACUCAGGCCAAGAUGCUGCAGGCGAAAAAGAAAGGAUCUCAGAACACCAGACCUGGACCCAGAGGACGGCAGUGGGAUGGCACUUCAGCCCCUACCAGCAGCUCCAGAGCCAGGGGCUCAGGGCUGCAGGGAGCAGGACAGCCAGCCCCCAUCAGCCCCAGCCCCUGCUGGGCACCAAGGCCACAGUCAUGGGCACCAGGGUAGCAGUGACACCAGUAUAACAUGGAUGGUCCUCCUAGGAGAUGGUCUGCACAACCUCACUGAUGGGCUGGCCAUAGGUGCUGCCUUCUCUGAUGGCUUCUCCAGUGGCCUCAGCACCACCCUAGCAGUGUUCUGCCAUGAGCUGCCCCACGAACUGGGUGACUUUGCAAUGCUGCUCCGGGCAGGGCUGCCCUUUCGGCGGUUACUGCUGCUGAGCCUGGUGUCUGGAGCCCUAGGACUGGGGGGUGCAGGCCUGGGGGUGGGGCUCAGUUUGGGCCCUGUCCCCCUCACUCCCUGGGUGUUUGGGGUCACUGCUGGGGUCUUCCUCUAUGUGGCCCUUGUGGACAUGCUACCAGCCCUGCUGCGUCCUCCUGAGCCCCUCUCUACACUUGAGGUGCUAUUGCAGGGACUGGGGCUGCUGCUAGGGGGCAGCCUCAUGCUCACCAUAGCCCUGCUGGAGGAGCAGCUACGGCCCCUGGUCUCUGAUGGCUGAUGGGGGCCAGUGGAAAGGCGUCCAGCUUGCCCUUCCUUCCCCCCAACCACAGGAAUGGAGGCGGGACACAGGGCCAGUAGGAGCAAUAGGAUUUUAAUAAACAGAACCCAUCCCAAAGCCAUGACUACGACAGUUGUACUUGCACCAAAACAGCAUAGAAAACUAGGAUGUGGUGGGAGGGGGACUCAAAGCAGGUCGGGGAGGACAUGAGUAGGGGCCUGGAGGAUGUAGGGAGCAUCAAUCUGCGGGGAGAGCAUUGUGCUUUAGCCCAGGGAGGAGGGGAAGGGAUGGGGCAAUGCACUGAGGUCUCCACUUUUUCCUGCUGCCCUCAGCACCCUGGGGAUACAGGCAUCUGGGCAGAUCUGCCCUUUAUUGCUGACCACCAGCAUCAAACACCCCCGACCCCAACGCUAGCACCACAGGUGGAUCCAGAGCAGGGAGAAGGGCAGGAAGGGGAAAAUUGCUUAGAGAAAGAUUCAACUAGAAUCCAGUGAAUUGUGCUCAGUUCUCUUUACUUCCUACAACCGAGUACAUGGGUCACAGGGUGGAGGGUGCAACAGGACAUGGAACAUGCCCCUCAGUGCUCCCAACACAC